GUAAUUGAAGUUCAGUCAAGCAAAUACAAAUGGAGAGGAAGAAAAGCUCCGAUUCGAACUCCAAGUUGAACAUUGCCAUCAUACACCCAGAUCUUGGCAUAGGUGGAGCUGAGAGAUUGAUUGUUGAUGCGGCUGUUGAAUUAGCAUCCCUUGGGCAUAAUGUUCAUAUUUUCACAGCUCACCAUGAUAAAAAUCGAUGCUUUGAGGAAACCCGAGCCGGUAUCUUUCCAGCUACUGUAUACGGUGACUUCCUGCCUCGGCAUAUUUUCUAUCGUCUUCAUGCCAUAUGUGCAUAUCUUCGUUGCAUCUUUGUUGCACUUUGUGUACUGUUCAUGUGGCCAUCGUUUGAUGUCAUACUAGCAGACCAGGUCUCUGUUGUCAUCCCAUUGUUGAAACUUAAUCGGUCAACCAAGGUUGUAUUCUAUUGUCAUUUUCCAGAUCUUUUACUUGCUCAACAUACAACUUUUCUGAGGAGGAUAUACCGGAAACCUAUUGAUUUUAUAGAAGAAUUGACGACGGGAAUGGCAGAUAUGGUACUUGUUAAUAGCAGAUUUACCGCAUCUACCUUUGCAAAAACAUUUAAGCAUCUUCAUGCACGAGGAAUUAGACCUGAUGUUCUUUACCCUGCUGUUAAUGUGAACCAGUUCGACGAGCCCCGUUCUUAUAAGUUGAAUUUUCUCUCCAUCAAUCGCUUUGAAAGAAAAAAGAAUAUAGAUUUAGCAGUUUCCGCUUUUGCGAUGCUUCAGACCCUUGAAGAAAAUGUUCAUUUUGCUGAUGCAGAGUUGACAAUUGCCGGUGGAUAUGAUAAACGCCUAAGGGAAAAUGUUGAGUACUUGAACGAGCUCAAAAGCUUAGCGGAGAAGAAAGGAGUUGCGGAUCGGAUUAAUUUUGUUACAUCUUGCUCGACGGCAGAAAGGAAUAUUCUGCUCUCUCAAUGCCUAUGUGUCCUUUAUACACCCACAGAUGAACACUUCGGCAUUGUUCCAUUAGAGGCAAUGGCAGCACACAAACCCGUCAUAGCAUGCAAUAGCGGUGGUCCUGUAGAAACAAUUAAGAACGGGGAAACCGGGUUUCUUUGUGAUCCAACACCAAAGGACUUUGCUUCGGCCAUGGCCAAACUCAUUCUAGACCCAGAGAGGGCAAAGAGAAUGGGAGAACAGGCUAGGCAGCAUGUCAGUGAAUCAUUCUCUACGCCGAUAUUCGGCCGGCGUUUGAAUCAGUUUCUUCUGGAUAUUGCUGGAAUUAAGUGGGACUAAAAGUUGGGAAUCGACAUAGGUGAUGAUGGCCUUUCGGAAUGAGAUUUUGCAGGCACUCUCAACAUUACAGAAGUGUUCUCUUUCUCGAGUUAUACACACACAUACACACUCGAAGUUUUUAUAUUUUUAUUUCUUUUGUUUUCCCAUGAAUACUGGACCUUGUCCUUUGAUAUGUGACUAAAGUCUCCUAUAAACAA